AUGAAGACUACCUUAGUUUUGUUUUUGUUGGUUUGUGUCGGUUUAACCGUUAGCGCCCAAAAGAAUGACUUUUAUUGUGAUACCUGUGUAGCAUUUGCAUCUGCGAUAAAAGAACUCGUAGAAGAAGAAGUUCCUUUGGACAAAAUUGAAAAAAAUGUACAAAUUAUUUGUACCAUUCUAGCAGAAGCUCUACCAGGGAAUAUAAAACAUUUUUGCGAAAAAGAAUUGAUUCCAGAAGUCGACAAAAUCUACAAUGAACUUGACAACACGUCGCCCCAAAAAGUGUGUGAAAUUUUAGAAUUUUGUUUAACCGUUAGCGCCCAAAAGAAUGACUUUUAUUGUGAUACCUGUGUAGCAUUUGCAUCUGCGAUAAAAGAACUCGUAUUAGAAGAAGUUCCAUUGGACAAAAUUGAAAAAAAUGCACAAAUAAUUUGUACCCUUCUAGCAGAAACUCUACCAGGGAAUAUAAAACAUUUUUGCGAAAAGGAAUUGAUUCCAGAAGUCGACAAAAUCUACAAUGAACUCGACAACACAUCGCCCCAAAAAGUAUGUGAAAUUUUGGAAUUUUGUGAAACAAAUUAAUGAGUUAAAAGUGUAAAAUAAAAAUAAUUUUUUGAGGAAAAA